AUGAAAAUAAAUUAUUUGUUAAGUAUAGUAAUUAUAUUAACGAUUGCUCUCACUGGUGCAAAUGGUGAGUUAACCAGCACGGAGAGAAUGAAAAUUCUAAAUGAAAUGAAUUGGUGGAGAUUCGACCCUACUCCACUCUCCAAUCCACCAAUGGGAGCGAUGAGUUGGAAUUCGACUUAUGCCAACCAAUUGCAAGAAUUUGUUGAUAAGUGUGCGAAUGGCUACUCUCCAAAUGCUCUUGCUGGAAAUGUUAGUGAAUACGUAAUCUCUUAUAAAGGAGAUUGGAACGUCACAGUUGUUCUCAAUUACAUUCUUUCCACAAAAGUUAACUACAACUUUACAACGAAAUCUUGUAAUCCAGGUACCGUCUGUCUACAUAGCUAUGCAGUGGUAUCAAAGAUGAAAUCUUUUGCAUGUGCUCUUAAUAAAUGUAACGAUACCUACAGAUUUUACUGUAACUUUGAUCCGGUUGGUCCUUAUCGUGGAGUUAACCCAUACGAACCCAAGCCAGUUCCUACCAAGUCACCGGUUCCAACCACAACCCCAACUCCAACACCAACCAAAACAACACCACCUACUCCAACCCCAACUAAAACAACACCACCGACUCCCGCUCCAACCCAGACAACCGGUCCCAUUAGCAUCAAUUGGAGGGCACAAUCCACUCCAGUAAGGAAUCAAGGUCAAUGUGGAAGUUGUUAUAUCUUCUCAGCGAUUGCCGGUGCAGAAACUAGAUAUGUCAUAAAAACCGGUGCAGAUCCAAAUACAGUUGACUUUUCUGAACAAGAAUGUUUGAAUUGUAUUUCCAAUGGUUGUAAUGGUGGAUGGUAUACAAUGGUAUUCGACGCUUUAAAGAAUGAAGGUUUCGGUCCAGAGAGUGCUACUCCAUACACUCAAGUUCAAACUACAUGUGUAAAGACAGCUCAACCACGUGUUCCAUUCGCAGGCUAUACUACUACUGGUCGAUCAAAAGAAAAGUUGAUUGAAUCACUCAAGACAGGACCUGUCACUAUUGCACUCUGGGUUGAUGAAGGUUGGCAGAACUACCGUUCAGGUAUUUAUAGUUGUGCUCAACAAAAUAAUUGGGUGAACCAUGGUGUCUUACUUACAGGUUAUGAUUUGGCAACCAAUUCAUGGUUAAUUAAAAAUUCUUGGGGUACUUCCUGGGGUGAAGGAGGUUAUAUUCGAAUGACCGCUAAUAAUGAUAAUUGCAACAUCUAUGGUUCUUCUGCUUUGUAUGUUAACUAUUAA